CCGCCCCGCCGCAGCCCGAGCAGGCCCGGCCGCGCCAGUCUCCGGGGCGGCCGGUAAGGGGGCGGGGCGGGCCGGGGCGGAGCCGGGCGCGGCGCUGCGCCGACCCUGCCGCCGCCCGCCCGUUCCACCGCGCGUGUAAACAGUCCCCGGCGGGAGGCUCCCGGGAGCCGGGGCGGGCGGGCGCGGCGGGCCGCGAUGGAUUUCCAGCAGCUGGCCGACGUUGCGGAGAAAUGGUGCUCGCACACGCCCUUCGAGCUCAUCGCCACCGAGGAGACUGAGCGCAGGAUGGAUUUCUACGCCGACCCCGGCGUCUCCUUCUACGUGCUGUGCCCGGACAACGGAUGCGGGGACAAUUUUCACGUGUGGAGUGAGAGCGAGGACUGCCUGCCUUUCUUGCAGCUCGCACAGGAUUACAUCUCCUCCUGCGGCAAGAAGACGCUCCAGGAAGUCUUGGAAAAAGUCUUCAAGUCUUUCAGACCCGUAGCUACUGGGGCUUCCGGACGCAGACGAUGAUGCCUUUGAAGAAUACAGUGCAGAUGUGGAAGAGGAAGAACCGGAGGCGGACCACCCCCAGAUGGGGGUCAGUCAGCAGUAACCUCCCAAGGUGCCCACUCCGAAGGAGCGUGUGGCCGUGGGGCCCCAAAGAGGGGUCUUGAGCUCCUGGGUUAGUAUUUUGCACCUCGGAACCGGACCUCCGCCUCCCAGCACCCAAAUUAAAAUGAAAUACCUUUCUGAUGACCACAGAGUGUCUGCACCGAGUUCUGCUCGGAGGUGACCUGGACAUCACUCUAGGCUGGUGGGUGUCCAUGGAGUCAUGUGGGCAGCGCUGGCCAUUUGAGUUGCGAGUCCGUUUUUCCCAGCUGGCUGUUCUUUCUUGAGUUUCUGUUGGAGAGUUGACGUUCGCUGACUCGAGUGUGGGAAACUGAAUGUAUUGAGGGUGUACUUUGAGGGAAAGCAUGGCAGAG